AAAAAUAUCCACAAAUCAAAGAUCGGUCGGGAUAUCAACCCGACCCGUCUAAGAAGCAUCGCGUCGUGGGUUUAGCGUUUAGGUUUUCAAUUUCACGUAUUGGCGCAAAAACAAAGACGAUGGCGAUGAUGCAUCCGCCGCAGCCGCAAGGCUAUCACCAUCCACAGACGCUGGAAGAAGUUCGAACCCUUUGGAUUGGUGAUUUACUUUAUUGGGCCGACGAGAAUUACCUCACUUCCUGCUUCUCCCAAACCGGCGAGCUUGUUUCAGUCAAGGUGAUACGUAACAAGAUCACUGGGCAGCCAGAAGGGUAUGGAUUUAUAGAGUUUGUGUCUCAUGGAGCAGCAGAAAGAACUCUUCAGACGUACAAUGGGACACAGAUGCCUGGAGCGGAAUUAACUUUCCGGUUAAAUUGGGCUUCUUUCGGUUCGGGACAGAAAGUAGAUGCUGGACCUGAUCACUCUAUCUUUGUUGGAGAUUUAGCACCCGAUGUUACAGAUUAUCUCCUUCAAGAGACAUUCCGUGUUCAUUAUUCGUCUGUUAGAGGUGCCAAGGUUGUUACUGAUCCAAGUACUGGGCGGUCAAAAGGUUAUGGAUUUGUAAAAUUUGCUGAGGAAAGUGAAAGGAACCGGGCCAUGGCUGAAAUGAAUGGUUUGUAUUGCUCAACAAGGCCAAUGCGUAUUAGUGCAGCAACGCCUAAAAAAAACGUUGGUGUACAGCAACAAUAUGUCACCAAAGCUGUUUACCCAGUUCCAGUCCCAUCUGCAGUUGCUGCACCGGUCCAAGCAUAUGUUGCUCCACCUGGACCUGAAAGUGACAUCACCUGUACAACGAUUUCAAUUGCCAAUUUGGACCCAAAUGUUACUGAGGAAGAGCUGAAGAAAGCAUUCUCGCAAUUAGGAGAAAUAAUUUAUGUCAAAAUACCUCCAACAAAGGGAUAUGGUUAUGUUCAAUUCAAAACCAGGCCUUCAGCUGAAGAAGCCGUUCUAAAAAUGCAGGGACAAGUGAUUGGUCAACAAGCAGUUCGCAUCUCUUGGAGUAAAAAUCCAGGACAGGACGGUUGGGUUGCACAAGCAGAUCCGAAUCAGUGGAGUGGGUAUUAUGGUUAUGGACAAGGCUAUGAUGCAUAUGCUUAUGGGGUAACUCAAGACCCAUCCUUGUACGCAUAUGGUGGAUAUGGCUAUCCCCAGUAUCCGCAACAGGGAGAGGGUACACAAGAAAGUACAAACUCUGCGGCGGGUGGAGGUACAGGGGCAGAUCAAGAGUUAUAUGAUCCUAUGGCUCAUGAUGUAGACAAGUUAAAUGCUUGUUACCUUUCGGUUCACGCAGGUAUCAUAUUAGGACGAUCAUUGUGGCAGCGUACCUCAGCACUCUCAUCAUCAUAAAUAGGCAAAUGAUCGCGAAGAGAAGAACAGAAUGGUGGGUGCUUUGAGGUGUUUAGUGUUUGUCCAUUUCAGUUCCUCGUGGGACAAGUCACUACUCUUUGUCUGAAUGUUUCAGUAUUUUUUUCUUUCUGUAUUCUACAUUUAGGAUCUAACUACAAUACUAAAAUCAUGAAUCUUCCAACUUUCU